ACCUGUUGGCAGGUGCACGGGACUUUGUUUUUGAAAGAAAUGGGCGACCGAAGGUGCAGCCGGCCCGGGAUUUUUUAACCACAAUCACUACCACUUACUUCUCCAGCCCUUUGAAGAAGGCAGGAUCCUUCAUCAUUUGAGUGAGUGAGUGAGUGAGUGAGUGAGUGAGUGAGUGAGUGAGGAGGAUGACGGGAGGACGCAAGGGCUCCUCCAUGAAGACUCAGCUGGUGAAUGCUAUCCAGCUGCAGGAGUUGGAGGAGGAGGAGGUGGAGGUGGAGGUGCAGCAGGAGGAGGAAGAGAGGAACAAGAGAGAUGCAGUUCAGAACCAGGCCAAUGGUACGCAAGGUCAGAAAUUCUAUAGUGUGGAGGAGGCUGUGGAGAGUAUCGGCUUUGGACGCUUUCACAUCCUCCUCUUUAUUAUUAUGGGCAGUGCUAAUAUUGUAGAGGCGAUGGAGAUCAUGUUGUUGGCUGUGGUUUCUCCUGAGAUUCGAUGCGAGUGGCAUCUGGAGGAUUGGCAGGUGGCCCUGGUCUCCACGAUGGUGUUCCUCGGCUUCAUGGUAUGCGGGGUGCUCUGCGGAUAUGUGGCAGACAAGUAUGGACGCUGGAAGGUGGUGUUCGGAGGCUUUGUGUGGGCUGCGUAUUUCUCUGUGCUCACGUCAUUCGCACCAUCCUACGGCUGGUUUAUUUUCUUGCGCAGCAUGGUGGGCUGUGGAGUAGCAGCCACGUCACAAGGGUUUGUUCUGAAGACUGAGUUCAUCCCUGCCAAACACAGAGCGUUCCUGCUGCCGCUUGCUUCAAUCUUCUGGAUGAUGGGCUCUUUGCUCAUCAUCAUUCUGGGCAUGACAGUUGUGCCCACGCUGGGCUGGCGGUGGAUGAUUCGACUGUCCGUCGUCCCUGGUCUCAUACUCAUUGGACUCUUCCAGUUAAUCCCUGAGUCAGCGAGGUUCCAGGUCUCAGCAGGUAAUGUAGAAGGUGCAGUUGCUACCUUGAAAUGGAUCGCUAAGAUGAAUGGAGCCAGUUUGCCAGAGGGAGAGCUACGGGAACCUGUAGUGACAGAGAGAGGAAAUGCAGUCACACUGAUCAGUCCAAGCUUCAGAAGAACAUCUCUCCUGCUGUGGUACUCAUGGUUUGUGGCCUCCUUCUCCUACUAUGGUUCAGUGCUGAGCAGUUCAGAGCUGCUGGAGAAGAAUCUUCUGUGUGUGACUGACGCUGAUGAAAAGCACAGCAUCAAACACAUCAAGGAGGGGGAGCUAUGCUACUGCAUCCCCUUUAACAUGGCUGACUACCAGACCCUCCUCAUCAGCUGCCUGGGAGAGGUGGCACUGAUCCCUCUAAACAUCGGCUUGUUGAACACUGUGGGGCGGAAAAGCAGCAUGAUCAUCCUGCUGCUUCUCUCAGCCAUCUUCUUCAUGCUGGUUAAUAUUUGCACUACAAUGUUUGGUUUCACUGUGCUGCUGUUCCUGCUUCGCUCGCUGGUCUCAAUGAAUUUUAAUGUGGUUUAUAUUUACACCGCAGAGGUCUAUCCUACAUCAGUGCGUUCCAUAGGAAUGGGCUUCUGCACUUCAUUCAGUCGUAUCGGGGGGAUGAUCGCGCCAUUUAUAGCCCAGGUGUUGAUGUCAAAGUCGGUGCUGUUAGCCUUAUGUCCGUUUUCUGUGACAUGUUGUCUGUGUGCUGUGGGGACUAUCCUGUUACCUAUCGAGACCAGAGGACGGGCCUUAUUGCAAAAUGAAUAAUGCACACCUGCUGAAGAUGAAACUAUGGUUAACUUUGGUAAUAUGAUUAAACCGGACAUUCUUUUACAAAA